GUGAUGAGCUACUAGUGAAUGUGUAAGCGAGUGUGUCAUGGACAGCAUUCUGGGUGCUGCAGGACACUGACCAUUUCCAGUGAGUAUGAGGAGCCCAGAGCACUGCACAGGUGGCUGUGUCACCCUGUGGAUGGUGCCACCUGGUGGGUAAGAGACCUGUUCCCUGAGUGUGGAUGGCGUUGUACUCUAGUGAAUGAACGUGACUCCAAGGAACAGUGUGUGUGCUUCUGUCCUGUGUUGCGUGGGGCCGGCCUGUGGGGUUGUGUGUGAUCCUUGCACAUGGCGUGGCCCUGUGUGUAAGAGGCUGGGUGGGAUGGGGUGGUCGGUGGCCUGAGGGCCAGGUGGAGGUGAGAGAUUGUGCACACCGCGGGGGGAGUCCUCAGAUGUCGACUCCUCUCCCUUGUGACAGUGACAGUGCUACUCUCAGCAGGGGCAGGCAAGGCCCCCUGUUCUGCCUCUAGCUCCCCCCUCCAGCAUGGGUUCUGCCCUGGCUCCGCCCCCACCACUGCCCCAGGCUCCCAGGCUGCCAGUGCCUGGAACCUCUUCCUGAGCAGGAGCAGCAAGGUGCCAGAGGCAGCGGUGGCAGGGGCAUUGGGAGCCAGUGUCCAGGCCCAGGACAGGGGACAGGUGAGGCCACCCUAUCCCCUCCCCUGUUUCUGCUCCGGGGCCUGUGAGUCCCUCUCUAGCUCUGGCUCCUUCUCACCCUAGACUUUGGCUCCCGCCUCUCUGUCCCCCAUCUCCCUGUCUCUUAGUGUCUCUGUCUUUCUGUCUCCAUCUCUGCUGAACCUCCAGAUGGCUUUAUUUCUACACUUUCAGGUCUCUUCCCAUCGCCUGUCUCUGCAUUUUUCUACCUCCUUUUUGUCUCCUAGCUCUCAUUUUUGUCCGUCUUUUUCUGUCCUUUGGCUUCUGGUGUCUUGCUGUGUGUCUCCUUGUGGCUGUGUCUGGGAGUCUCUGUUCCUGUCUCCUGUGUCUCAGGUCCCCUCUGGCCUCCCCCUCUCCCUACACAGUGGCCCCAGGGAGUAUUGGGGGUUGGAACAAAGGAUUUUGAGGCAUGUGAACCCCUGCAGAUCUAAGCCCAGGGUUUGAUGGCUCUCUGGUCCUUAAGUGUCUGGAUGCUGGGCAGGGUCAUCACAGUGACUGUGGCCUUUAUCUGACCACAUGGGGAAAGUUUUGUGAUGUCUGCCAUUGGAAAACCCCUUGGGCUGGACAAAUGGAAGCUCAGAUGGCCUUUCAAGCUCCCCUUCCGGCUAGGCUGGCAGUUUCUACGUGCUCCUCUCCUUGGUGAUCCUCAGGUCUCCGGGGUCUCUACGUCUAGACUCUGGGUGACACUGAGGCUUCUGCCCAGCGCAGCUCUAGGGCAACAGCCCCCUUUGCAAACACCCUCCCCUCCACCGCCGCUGCCCUAGCAACAGUUGGGGGCGGCCGGGGGCUGCACCCACCAAAGAGACCCCGCCCACCACAAGCCCCGCCCCGUCCCCAAAUCAGGAGCUGGCCGGGCCUUCAGUGCACCUGUAGGAAUCCCUAAGGCCGGUGGAGGCUGAGGCUGGGGCCCCAAGGCGGAGGGCAGAGGACAGAGGAGCUGACUUUGCCCUGGGACCCUCCAGACCCUUCUCCGCUUUCAUGAUGCUGAACUCUGGGCCCCUGCGGGUGUUGCUGCUGCUGCUGUCGCUCCGGAGGGUUCAGACAGACUCUGGGCCACAGACGGCGGGGGAGCUGUACCAGCGCUGGGAACGGUACCAGCGGGAGUGCCAGGAGGCCCUGGGCGCCGCGGAGCCGCCCUCAGGCCUCGCUUGCAACGGCUCCUUCGAUAUGUACGUGUGCUGGGACUACGCUGCCCCCAACACCACUGCCCGUGCAUCGUGCCCCUGGUACCUGCCCUGGCACCAGCAUGUGGCUGCAGGCUUCGUCCUCCGCCAGUGUGGCAGUGAUGGGCAGUGGGGACCUUGGAGAGACCAUACUCAGUGUGAGGACCCAGAGAAGAAUGAGGCACUUCAGGACCAGAGACGGAUCUUGGAGCGGCUGCAGGUCGUGUACACCAUUGGCUACUCCCUGUCCCUGGCCACUCUGCUGCUAGCCCUUCUCAUUUUGAGUUUCUUCAGGCGGCUCCGCUGCACUCGUAAUUACAUCCACAUCAACCUGUUCACAUCCUUCAUCCUGCGCGCGGCUGCCAUCCUCACCCGAGACCGCCUGCUGCCUCCCCCUAGGCCCUACCCCGGGGAUCAGACCCGGACCUUGUGGAAUAAGGCCCUGGCCACCUGCCGCACAGCCCAGAUCGUGACCCAGUACUGUGUGGGUGCCAACUACACGUGGCUGCUGGUGGAGGGCGUGUACCUGCACCGACUGCUGGUGCUUGUGGGGGGCUCGGAGGAGGGCCACUUGCACGGCUACCUGCUCCUUGGCUGGGGGGCCCCUGCGCUUUUCGUCAUUCCCUGGGUGAUCGUCAGGUACCUGUACGAGAACACGCAGUGCUGGGAGCGGAAUGAUGUCAAGGCUUUUUGGUGGAUCAUACGCACUCCCAUCCUCAUGACCAUCUUGAUUAAUUUCCUCAUCUUCAUGCGCAUUCUCGGCAUCCUCCUGUCCAAGCUGAGGACACGGCAGAUGCGCUGUCCCGACUAUCGACUGAGGCUGGCUCGCUCCACGCUCACACUGGUGCCUCUGCUGGGCGUGCACGAGGUGGUGUUCGCUCCGGUGAUCGAGGAACAGGCAGAGGGCACCCUGCGCUUCGCCAAGCUGGGCUUCGAGAUCUUCCUUAGCUCCUUCCAGGGGUUCCUGGUCAGUGUCCUCUACUGCUUCACCAACAAGGAGGUGCAGACGGAGAUCCGCCGGGGCUGGCACCACUGUAGCCUACGUCAUAGCCUCCGUGAGGCCCCCCGCCCACAACCAGAGCGCCUCUCCCGGGGCUCUGGCCCCGCUGAGGUCCCCAUCCGCCACGCCUUGUCCUCGAAAUCGCUUCCAGGGCCUGGAGAUGAGGUCUUGGAAAGUUACUGCUAGGUAACAGGAAUAUGCAGUAUUUAUGGAGCUGCCGGCCUGUGGUACCAGACUUGGUGUGGGAGACACCGGGGAGAUGGGAGAGAAGGAAACAGAAGAUGGAGUCUUUGCCCUCCGGGGCGAUGACAACUGUGAACACAAGAACAUCGAGUGACACAUGGACUGUGCAGCGGUUAUGAAGGGAAUACAGACAGUCCCAGGGACUCAGGGGGCCUUCUCUGAGGAGACAACAUUGAAGCCAUGCCUGACAGGGGUCAAGGAGACAACUGUGCAGAGAAUGGGAGGAUAAAGUUCUAGGCAGAAGGUUGGGCAUGUGAGAAGGCCCUGGGGCAGGAAGGCAUCUGUGCAGUCUCUGCCCUGGAGUGGAGGAAAUCCAAGCCCAUGGCUGGGGAGAAGCAGGCAGGGGCGCAGGGGUCAAGAGUUUGCCCCAGAGGCACUGAAGAGCUCAGCAGAAGCGGUUCAUGGGCUAGUGUUUUCCACAGGUCCCUUUGCCUCUGUUGUAAGGUUUCUCAGGGCAGGGGUAGAAGCCAGGUCCGUGAGGGGUCCAUGAGGAGGGGACUGCAGAACGGUGGUGGCUGUGUAGGAUGGUAGCUGAGGAGAGUGAGGAGCAGUUGGGUUCUGGAGCUGUUUGCCAGGCUCUAAGCCAGACCCGUAUGAGGAGCACAGCAGAGACAGGGCCAGGGUGCCCGUUUGGGGCAGAGCGGAAAGCUGAGACUGGGUUCAGGGUUGGAGGGAAGAGUGCUCUUUGUGUGUGAGGCUGGCAUCACCUGUAGAGUACUCUAGGGAGGGUGGACAUGAGGUCCUGGAGCCCCAACACAGAACACGAGAAGCCUAGGAUGCAGAGAUACACAAGGGCAGCCCCACAACUGAAAGCUCCUGUCCAGAGUAUGGAGGACCAGCGAAGGCUGGGGAAGGUGGCAGGUCCCACCUUCCUGAGAGGGAGAAGCUGGGGAGCAGCCCGAGGCCUCAUCCGGGCUGGAGCUCCAUCCACACACAAGACCUGAGCACCCUCACACACAGACACACUGGGCACCCUGGGGUCUCCAGCUCCUGGACAGAUGUGCUCCACAGCUGAACUUGGAGCCUUUUCAAGUGCAUGUCCCCACUGUACGCUGGACCAUAUCCCCUUGUGUUUUGAUGGGGUGGGGGCCUAAGGGUAAGGUCCAGGCAAAUAAAGCAGGAGAAACUGUU